ACGUCCAAACGCAUUAAAAAAUAAAUCUAUUUUAUAAAAAACAACACAAUUUUGAAAAAAAUUUAACGGAUAGCUAGCCGUACAACAGUAAUCGGUUCUAAUCAUUUACAAAAAUACGUCGGUAAAACUACUCAAAAAUAAUGCGCUUGUUUUCUGGUUUUUUUAAACGAAGAGAGGAGGAGGCGAAAAAUGAUGAGCCGGUAGUCGCUACCGUAUCCAUUCCUCUAGUGCAUGAAGGUAGCGAAGAUAACGCGGUGGUCCGAGAAGUCACGCAAAGAAGUGUAAGAAAGAGGCGUGCUCCGGUGAGUAGUACAGAUGAACAACCGGCUAGAAAAACCAGAAAGAAGGCCAAAACCGUUUCGCCAUCAAUUCCUACGGAAGAGGACUCUACACCUUUGCAGGAGGAGUCUAUCGAUGUAAUGUCUCCAAGAAAAGGCAGGAAGAGGGCUUUGGUCAACAAUUCAGCUGAAGAACCAGCCAUAAAAUCCAGAAAGAAGGCCAAAACCGUUUCACCAUCAAUUCCUACGGAAGAGGACUCUACACCUUUGCAGGAGGAUUGUAUCAAAGUGGUCUCGCCGAAAAAAGGCAGAAAAGGGGCUCUGGCUAAAAAUUCAGAUGAACAACCGGCUAGAAAAACUGGAAGGAAGGCCAAAAACGUGGACAAGUGUAAAACGUGAUGGACUGGAUCGGCGAUGGGCUACUAUUGCCGACAUCGUAAGCGUGAAAUCUGUCAGAUCCGGGAGCCUCGGAGAUCCAAAUCUAUCAUAACAUUAAUUUGACUUUUUAUGGGUGUUCCUUGUUAUUUUUUCCUCCUUUUUGGCCAUGUCGCCUGGAUCGAAAAGCGGAAAUUGUCACUUUGGCUUGAGUGAGAGAGAUUGGUCGAGAUUUCUGGAAUUCGGUUAUUAAACACGGCAGUCGGAAUCGGACCUACGCAGAUCCAGAAGACGUUCACUGGAAGGAACUAGUGCUACAACCUCGAACCUACAAAAACGAGAUCACAACCUUGUACAGCACUGAUGGCAAGGCAAUCGCUACAAAUAAAAUUCUAAA